AUGUCCGGUCUUAGGACUGGUCUUGCACCUGGAGACCGAUAUCGCUCAGACGACGAUUCUGUCGCUGUUGGGUUCGGAAGGGACCCAGCAGAGCCAUGGAAUCGCUUUGAAAACACAACAAUGGCGGCUACUUCUGGAACGGGAGCUGCCACUGCUCUGGCUGCCGGUGGAAAGACGGAUGAUGUCUCGUUCUCCCAGCGUAUGGGUUCCGCCACCUCUGGCAGCGUCCUAACGGCUUUGUUGGUGACACCGCUUGAUGUUGUGCGAGUUCGUCUCCAGUCCCAGUCAACGAAAAACACGUCCUCGUUCUCCUCCCAAACAAUUCUACCUCUGAAAAAUAUGCCUCCGAACCUAGGGGUGACUGCGUGCUGUCGAGAGGUAUUCUGGGUUGGUCAGAAUACUCAAAUAUGUAUGGUUGGGCCGGGUACAGGGACCAUAGGCGCUCCGUCACCCUCGGUGGUGGAUUGUGCUGUGGAAGAAACCCAGCGCAAGACCUUCACCUCGACCUUGGACGGGCUGCGGAAAAUAGCUCGGAAUGAAGGAGUGUUGACGCUUUGGCGUGGGUUGAGCCCGACGUUGAUGAUGAAUAUCCCAGCAAAUAUCAUCUACUUUGCUGGAUACGACUGGCUGCGAUCGGAUGGCAGAAGCCCUAUCAAACGAUUUUUCCCGGAUAUCUACGUUCCAUUUGUGGCGGGAGCAUCUGCAAGAAUUGCUGCAGCAUCCGCUAUCAGCCCGAUUGAAAUGUUCCGGACGCGUUUACAGGCUACUCCUGGCACCGGCGCGGGCCAUUUCAAGGCUACUCUCGCAGGUUUAUACCAAAUGACUCAGACCAGUGGCUAUAGCUCUCUUUGGCGAGGGUUGACGCUGACGAUGUGGCGCGACGUGCCUUUCUCCGGAUUGUAUUGGUGGGGCUAUGAAGAAGUCAAGAAAUGUCUCUUAGAGGCACGCCAAAUGUCGCAUGAAUAUAUCCUGCCCCAUGAUCCAGGCACACCUACAUUCUUCGACAGUUUCCUUGCGGGCGCGACCUCAGGGUCUCUAGCAGCAUUAGUUACCACUCCAUUUGAUGUGGGGAAAACGCGUCAACAAGUGUUCCGGCACAUGGGUGAUGAUACUCCCCAUCCUAAGGGAGGAACAUUGUCGCGGAGUCCCUUGCAUCCGGAGCAGUUUCCAUUACCCAAGUUUCUCUUGCAUAUCUUCCGUGAGGAGGGCAUGGCUGGACUCUUUCGUGGCUGGGUUGCGCGGUGUCUGAAAGUGGCACCCGCUUGUGCCAUUAUGAUUUCGACGUACGAGGUAGGAAAGAAAAUGGCACGAGGUGUGAACGAGAAACGCCACUCUACAGAGACAACCUCCGACCCUGUGUGA